AUGGAAUAUCAUAUGAUUCUUGAGAUUCUGUGCGCACGCGUUGGUCUGAGUGUUGGCAUUGAACCGGCGAUUGAAUUUCAAUCCUUUAUUCUCAAUAGACGACUCAUUCAGACGCUCAUAAAAGACGAUAUUUGUUUUGGUAUCGAUCGGUCGACAAAAAUCAUACUACUCAUUCAGACGCUCAUAAAAGACGAUAUUUGUUUUGGUAUCGAUCGGUCGACAAAAAUCAUUUUACGAAUUGAUAUUGUGUUGGAAAUGAAGGAAACCAUUGAAAGCCAAGGAAUGGUAUUGAGUAUAAUAGGCCCCUCAGUAAGCGAUCUAACACAUCGGCUGAACGCCACCACAAGCCAAAUGUACAUACAUUUAUAUUCUCGAGUUUUUCCAUUGGCUAUACUGUUGGAGCUCUUCUCAGUAAACGGAAUGCUAUUUAAUAUCUAUAACCGGCAAUUAAUAUUGACAUUCCUGUUAAUGUUAAUGGGCUGUACAAUAGCUGUGGUACCCAUUUGUCCCAAUCUGAUUGUAUUUAAUAUUGUUGGAGCGCUCUGUGGCUAUGGCUCAGGAGGUUUAGACACAGCACUCGUCGUAUGGAUUGUUGAAGUGUGGGAACAAAAAUCUCAUUUAUAUUUAGGAGGCGUUGAGUUUUUCUUCGGUGUCGGCCUAUGUAUUGCACCCAUCAUUUUGAGGCCAUAUUUGCCAGACUUUUCAUUAGAUGACAUUCAUCUCAAUAUCACUUACAACUCAACAGAUCUUAACACAAAUGAUAGUCAAACAGAAAACAAUACAAACAUAAACACAUAUAACGAUUCGCUAAUAGAAAUUCCAUUUGCUAUAAACGGAUUGUUUUUAGUCGUGUCGGCGAUUAUACUAUUGAUUCUUCACUUUUACCGCCGAUAUAUACCUCCCGUAAAGCAAACCAAAAAGAUUACAUUCAAACGGCCCAAGAAAUGGGAACUCAUUUACACCACUUUUGGUGUGUUUAUAAUUGGCAUAUUCUAUGGCUUUGAAUUCAUGGUGUUUGAAAUGUUGCCCACAUUUAUCGAGAACUCAUACCUACAGCUGUCCGCCUAUAAGUCAGCCCUCAUAUACGCUAUAAUGACGGCCACAUUUACGGCCGCUCGCGGACUAAAUGUCUUGAUUUCCAUCAAAUUCUGGUCUAAAAACAUGGGAAACGGUAUUUUAGUCCUCUUUGAGACCAAUAAGCACUCGGAAACAGUACUAGUGAUAGGACUUUCAUUAAGCAAUACUAUCGGCGGUCUAUGCGUUUGCAGCGCCGGUAUAACGGGUGCUAUAUUUCCGGCACUUUGCGGGCAGUUUAUUGAUAUUCAGCCAACAUUUCUGCUAUACAUGACAAUUAUUUUGACGGGAAUUGUAUUGAGUAUAAUCGGUCCGGCGUUAAGCAAUUUGGCGUUUAAAUUGAACGUUGAGAUCAAUGAAAUAUCACUUCUAACCCUCUUCUGUCUACUAAUACUGAUGGGAUGUGCGAUCACUUUAUUGCCAUUUUCUACAAACUUAAUAUAUCUGUUCAUUGCAGCCACUAUUUGUGGCUAUUGUUCAGGAGGUCUGGACACUGGACUUAUUGUAUGGAUUGUGGAAAUCUGGACAUUUGAAUCCCACCUUUAUUUAGGAGGCGCCGAGUUUUUCUACGGACUCGGAUUAUGUGCCGCACCCCUAAUGUCCGCAUACUUUCUCUCCAACAACAUUAUAGACAUCACACAUAAUCACACCAUUGAAGCCAUUACUGAAAACAUCACUGAAAACAUCACAAAUACGAAUACAUUUUCUGACUUUUAUGUUGAAAUACCGUUUGUAAUCAACGGUGUAUUAUUGAUGAUCGCAUCCAUUGCUUUAUUAAUUAUGCACUUUUAUCGCCCGUAUAUUCGGGUCGUAGAAACGGAUCACAAACAGAGGUUUAAAUGUCCUGAAAAGUGGGAUCUUAUUUGUAUUACUCUCGGAGUACUUAUAAGCGGAAUAUUCUUCGGCUUUGAAUUCAUGGUCUUUGAAUUAUUGCCCACUUUUAUGGAGAACUCGUGUCUACAACUGUCCCCAUCCAAGAGUGCAUUUAUAUUUGCUAUAAUGACUAUAAUAUUCACUUCAGUUCGUGGUCUCAAUUUCAUUGUUUCCAUCAAAUGGUGGUCCAAAAACUCAAUUUACUAUUAUCUUUACUAA